AUGAACCCCGCUUCCAACUGUGUUGAAGGUAUCAACGAUGCUCUAACCGAAGUUACAUUUGGCGAUAUCGACCCUGACGCCGUUUACUACACCGGACUUUGCAAUUCUGUAUAUCACACGACGAGUUUAGCUUUGUCCACUAUGAAAUGGUGUACCACGCAAAAGCAAAAGGAUAAAGGAUGGAAAUUGAUGAAUCACUAUUGCGAGGAAUAUGGUAGUGUUUCUCUACCCUCGUGGGAGGAACUGUCGUCCAAAGUGAACCAAUCGAAUCUUAUUGAAGAUGUUAACACAGUCGAUCCGACCAUCAUUGGGACGGUAUUCAACAGUACAAUUGUUUUAAGUGAAGAAGCUUGGUGGGCCGGACAGCACACUGAUGAUGUUUGGACUACUGAAGAGGGUUAUCACCACGGAUUCGGAUGGGGAUUAUACAUUCUAGUUGGUUUAGCCAUUCUCUUCGGCACGUUGAACCGACUGUUCGCAGUGUUCGUUCGAUCAUACAGCGCUUCAGACUCAUCGCCUCAAGAGGUUCCUCCUUUCUCUCAUAAAAGCCGAUGGUACACAAUGUACCGAAAGCACAUCGAGGUACCAGCUUUAUUUGGGUACAAACAUUCCCAAGCUUCUGCUUGGGGGUUCCUGAGCAUACCUACCAGGAUACAAGGUCUGUUUAUAUUCGGAUAUGUGGCUCUGAAUGUCAUCUUCACUUCAAUCGGAUACCAUACUUUUUACGAAAAUGUGUACUGGUAUGGUCAAAAAGAUACACAGAUCAUACGGUACCUGAGUGAUAGGACUGGUAUAAUGUGUUUCUACAAUCUGCCUCUUCUGUGGUGUUUGGCAGGAAGAAAUGACGUGAUACUUUGGAUGACCGGCUGGUCUUACAGUACGCUGAAUCUGUUCCAUCGAUGGGUAGCUAGAAUUGCUGUUCUUCAAGCUAUCGUCCAUUCUGCUGGCUAUACUUGGCUGGAAAGGGGAUACAUAGCUGUCGAGAUGAAAGAACAAUACUGGUGGACCGGAGUAAUCGCAACGAUAGUCAUGUCUUUGCUUAUCCCAUUCUCCGUCCGACCAUUCCGAGAGAAAUUCUACGAACUCUUCUUACUGAUUCAUAUCGUUCUGGCCUUGGUAACCCUGGUCACUUGUUGGUAUCAUGUGAAAAUUUGGGAUGGAGCUUAUGAUCCUUGGAAAUGGGCCAGUGUGGCUGUCUGGGCAAUGGACAGAGUAAUCCGGGUCAUUCGUGUGAUCGUCCUAACCUACAAAGCAUUAUCCAAAUCCGGUAUCAACACGAAAGCCACUAUUCCUUGGUCCUCUUCCGAUCAGAAAGGGUUAAUUAGACUGACCAUCACCACAUCAAUCAAGAUCAUUCCUCAACCGGGUCAAUACUACUUUAUCUAUACUCCCUAUUCACUCAAACCAUGGGAAAAUCAUCCUUUCACUCUUGCUUCUUGGACCGUCAACGCAAACGAUACUACCUUAAACUUCCUUGUGGCACCUCUCAAGGGAGCUACCAAACGAUGGCAGAAGAAGAUUCUCAAAAAUCAAGAAAGACAAAUCGACAUGAGAUUAUUGUUAGAAGGACCUUAUGGACAUACCAACCCUGUCGAACAAUAUGAUAAAGUUUUGUUUUUGGUAGGAGGAUCAGGUAUAACGUCAAUCUUACCAUACUUGUAUAAAUUGAAAUUGAUCUCAAUCCAAGUGCCCGAACCGACAAUUAGGGAAAUAAGGGUAAUUUGGAUAGUGAAAGAUCAAAAUUAUGCGAAAGACGUUUUGGAUAAUGAAUUGAGAGAAUACGUAGAUAUGGGAGCAUGUGGAGAUAUACCCACCAAAGUGGAUCUGUACGUAACCAGGGGAGGAGCGAAUGGUCAACAGGACUUGGUAGGAUCACUGGGAUACGAUACCACCGAAUCGAGCCCUACCUCAGCAUCGAGUUCACCCGGGAUCACGUCAACGCCAAUGAUCGAAAAAAUCGAAUCUCAAAAUAUCAAUGAGCCCAGUACAGACGCUAAUAAUGAUGGUGAAUUAUCGACUUCGAAUUCCGACAUGGAACUUGGAUCUUCAGCUUCUAAAGAGAAGAUCACCAAGUCUGUUGGUCUCACCAUCCAUCAAGGUAAACCGAUCGUCAAAGACCUAGUACACCAAUCUGUAAAUGGUCUAGUAGGAAGCGAGAGAUUAGCCGUAUCGGCUUGUGGACCUUCCAAGCUGAUGGAUGAUGCGCGUGCAAGUGUAUGUGAGAUUUAUGGGAAUGGUGAAAACCAAGUUGAUGGUAAAAGGAUCGGAUAUUUCGAAGAGUCUUUCUGUUGGUAA